ACGGUGGAGAAGUCGGGGUAUGGUUCCUUGCUGCCAGUCGGCGAGUACAAACAGUGGAAAUUAAUAUUAUCCAAUCUGCCGAUUAAUUAAAUGUAUAAUAUAUUAGCGCUGCCUCGUAUGAUUCAACGUAGCGUCGACCGGCCUGAAUUCUGAUACUGCCCGUGAAGGGAGAGAGAUUGGAGUGGGGUGACAGAGGGAGGGAUGGAGAGAGAGAAGGACGCAGUGUGGGCGGGAUGAGAAGCGGAGAGGGAGGGGACAUCGGUGUAAUAGCAUCGCCGCUUUCCCACCCAACGCCUGCUGGAAAAUAAGGGCAUCCAUUUGGCAGCGCUUAUUAGAGGAUCUACAUAUUAAAAUAAUAAAAAAUAGAGGCUGCGUUGAAAACGAAAGAGGUUUGCCUUGUGAGUCCGAUUUGCCUCCGCGAAAGAAGGGGAGAGGCGACCGGGGGGGAGAGUCACGGAUGCUGUGAGAGGGACGAUCACUGGGUACCGAAAGCGUCUCGACACGUUUAAUGCAUGUAUAUCCCGAUCUCCUCUCCCCUCUACCUCUCCCUUCCUCCCCAAGAUGAACAGAAUGCGUCUUCUCUCCUUUCUCAUCUUGUGUUUUACUUCGGUCUCCUAUGGCAACAAAGCCAAUAAGCACAAGCCAUGGAUCGAGACCGAGUACCAGGGCAUCGUGAUGGAGAAUGACAACACAGUGCUGCUCAAUCCUCCGCUCUUUGCCCUGGACAAGGACGCACCGUUACACUACGCAGGGGAGAUCUGUGGCUUCAGGGUCCACAGUGGUACUGCUGGGUCAGGGGCACCCCAGUUCGAGGCUGUGGUCCUGGACCGCUCCACAGGCGAGGGGCUGGUCCGCUCCAAGGAGCCACUGGACUGCGAGAGCCAGCGGGAGCAUAGCUUCACCAUCCAGGCCUACGAUUGCGGAGAGGGACCAGAUGGCGCCAAUAGCAAGAAGUCACAUAAGGCGACAGUGCACGUGCGUGUUAACGACGUGAAUGAGUUCUCGCCUGUGUUCGUGGAGCGGCGGUAUGAGGCCUCCGUCCCCGAAGGCCGACUUUUCGACCGCAUCGUGAGGGUGGAGGCGUUGGAUGCUGAUUGCUCGCCGCAGUACAGCCAGAUCUGCUUCUAUGACAUCAUCACGCCUAACGUACCCUUCGCCAUCGACAACGACGGUAACAUUAAGAACACAGAGCCCUUGGACUCGAAGAGGCAGAGGGUGCAUAGUUUCUGGGUGACAGCUUUCGACUGUGGCAAGAAUCGCGCGCAGGCUGACGCCCAGGUCAUCCUCACCGUCAAGCCCUCCUGCAAACCUGGCUGGAUAGGGUGGUCUAAGCGCGUGGAGUACACCCCAGGCUCAGGUAGCAUCCCGCUGUUCCCCAACCUCCACCUGGAGACGUGUGAAGAGAGGGUGUGGAACAUCCAGGCCUCUGUGGAGCUGCAGACGGGUCACAUUGGCAAGGGCUGCGACCGGGACAGCUACUCGGAUCGCUCCGUGCGCAGGCUGUGUGGUGCAGUGAGGGGGGAGGUGGAUUUGCUCCCACCCCCUUCCCCGGCGGCCAAUUGGACGUCAGCUCUCCCCACGCUCCCUUCAUCUGAUUCGUCACUGGUGUUCUCCUUCAACGGCUCGAGCCACGUCGCCGUGGUGCCCGAUUCGGUGGCUGCUGCAGUGUCUGGGGACCACUUCACCCUCCAAUUGUGGAUGCGGAGAGGAGGAGCCAAUGUGCAGCCGCCGUCCAAUCAAGUCAGGGGAAGCCGCAGGGAGGAGGAGUUUAUCGUGUGCAGCACUGUCAGGAAUGACGACUCGUACUCCCACUACUCCCUGUCAGUGCACGGCUGCCGCCUCUCUCUGUUCUACUGGCCCGAUGUCAGUGCUGCUCGUCCCGUCAAGUUCCUCUGGAAACUGGAGCAGGUGUGCGACAGCGAAUGGCAUCACCUCUCCCUCAGUGUGCAGUUCCCCUCGGUCACUCUCUAUGUGGAUGGCGUGACCUUCGACCCUGCGCUCAUACAUGACAGUGGUGCUAUCCCGAGCCCCGCCCCUCGCCAGCGAUUGGUCAUCGGAGCGUGCUGGGAGCCUGAGGAAAAGCAGAAGGACCUGCUGAACAACACCAUCCCUGAGGGAAAAGACACAGGGAAAUACAUCGGCGGUUACCGGGGGCUGCUGUCGGGGGUGACGGUGCGUCCAGGCAGCGUGGAGCCCCACAGCGUGGUGGAGUGUCUGUACGCCUGCAGGGAGGGGCUCGAUUUCGGGGACUUGGAGACCCUGGGAUCGGGAAUGAAGGUACACGUGAACCCCAGUCAGUCCGUGCUGGUUCUGGAGGGAGAUGACAUUGAGAGCUUCAACCGGGCCGUGCAGCAGGUCACCUACAGGAACUCGCUCCGCUUCGCCACCCCCGGCGUUCGGCCCCUCAAGCUCACCACCUCCCUCAGGUGUUUCAGUGAGGAGAGCUGUCUGUCCCUGAAGCAGCUGGAGGGCUACCUGGUGGUGCUCCAGCCCGACGCCCCUCAAAUCUCCCUGUCCGGUGUGGGCCCCCACUUGGCACGACCGGCUGCCGAGUUCGAGGGCCCGCGGGGGGUGCCGCUGUUCCCGGAGCUGAGGAUCGUGUGCUCGCUGUCCCACGCCGUCAACACAGCGGCACAGGGCAUGGAGGGAGGGGCGCUCAUGUCAGACGCCGUGGCCCACACCCUGGACGGCUGUGAGGUCCAGCCACUGGGGGAGGAGCUAAACCCAGAGAGGGAGGAGCUUCUGGUGGACAUGGAAUCCUUAAAAGAGAGGGGGCUGGACAUCAUCAACACAACAGCUUAUAUCGCCAUCACAGGAGCCGAGUCCAUCUCGGUGUACGAAGACAUCCUGCGAUCCGUCCGCUACAGGCUCGCCAAGGGUUCAGCCCGCUUCGAGCGCCGAUUCCGCCUUUCCUGCUCCGAGAUGAACGGGAGGUAUACCAGCAAUGAGCUCACACUAGAGGUGAACUUCCUGCACUCUCUGGAGAGUCUGUACCACCCCUCGCACCUGCUGGCCUCGCAGCAGCAGUUUCUGCACCCCUCACACCACUCUGGAGAGCUGGGUGGACACACCCUCCCCAACCCGCACCGCAACUCUGUGGUGCCGGGAGCUGCCACGGUGAUAAUCAUGGUGUGCGUGGGGUUCUUGGUCGUCAUGGUGAUCCUCGGCGUGUUCCGAAUUCGCUCCAUCCAUCGCCGUGGUGACGGGGCCCGGAACGUUUCCAAGGAAGGUUCCAGCCAGUGGGACGAUUCUGCCCUGACCAUCAUUGUGAACCCCAUGGAGUCCUACGAGUCUCGCGUGGGCGUUUCUGUGGACACAGAGGGAGAAGGUGAGGAAGACGAAGAGGGAGUGGAUUCACCAGGAGACGCCAGCGAUGAUCAGAGAAUCAUCAUCAGGAAGGAAGGGAGGGACAGCGCCCCCCGGCGUUACUGAGCCACCCGUCGUGUUCCAAAACACCCCCCCCCCCCUGAAUUCAAACACAAAGCUCUAUGUAUUUAUGAACUACUCCGGGAAUGUCUGUAGAAUGUAUGCUCUGCAACACUGCGCACCACAUGCACCUCACUGAGACAGAGCGCCCCCUGCAGGGCAUUAUGUCUCAUUACACAGAACCGGAUGGAGGUUUACACCACACAUUGUUGCACUAAGCGGGUGAACUUCGUUUUCCUCACACGACCUUAACGAUGACACAAAAAAAUUCUAACAAGACUAAAUCGGAGAAAUGCCACAUAUAUAUUUCACGGCCCACCACGAAGUCAAAUUUAAGCGCAACAGAAGCGCACUUUGGCCGUGCAGCCACCCAGACAUGCUGUGUCACUCAGACGCUGGGUGGCUGUUACCCGCUCUGUCCAACAUGGCCGCUGGCUGGGCGGCUUGAAGCGCACACUCUUGACACAUCCCCUCCCGGGUGCGGCGGCAGUGCACGCCCGGCCUAUGCAGUCUGCACAUCGACUGAGAUGUGUGCACCAUGCACCCAGAACCCCCACUUACAUCCAGAAUGUCUCCUCUGCUUGGACACCUUUGAUUGUACUGAAAUUCCUGUAAAUAUAAACUACUAUGAUUAUUAUUAUUAUUAUUACCGUAAGCUUCAGUUCUCCAGUUGUGCUUGCAAAUCAAAGGGGUUCAAUAUCGAUCAUUUCUUACAUGAUUGUUAAUUAUAGCUUUUUUUAAAUUAACGCCGCUCUGUUUAAGCCACAAUGGUGAUAAAAGUAAUAAUGAUAAUAAUGAUUAGCUUGUUAAGUGUCGAUUAAUUUGUGUGUUGAACUCUGUACUUUAAAAAAUGUGUUAAUAUUGGGAUCACAGUGAACUGGAAGGCACAUUGUAGUGAUAAUUAGUAUUCUCUCCCCUCUCUCUCUCUCUCUUUCUCUAUCUCUCAUUCUCUCUCUCGCUCUCACAUGCCGGGUCUUUAUAACUCAAUUGCUCUUCUGUCCUGUCCGGCUCACUUUCACUCGGUCCCUCCGUUCUUACUGUCUUUUCCUCCCCUUCCCCUCUAUCUCCUUUGUUCUUUGUCUCCUUCCUUGUGGUUUUACUCUCCUCCUCCUCCUCCUCUCUCUCUUCUCCUCUGUCUCUAUCUCUCUGUCCAUGUGUUAGUAUACAGUGAGAAAACUGUCAGUUAACGCCUGUUGUUUUUAAGUGUAAUAUUAAGAAUGAUAAAAUUGCAUUAAUAACUUAUUAUUACUAUGAUUAUUAUCGGAACAUUAACUGUAAUUAUUGAUACAGUAAUGAUUGUGACAUGGAUUAUGAUGACCAGUUAUUGAAAACUGUCAAAAAAGACAAUAUUCAUAAUAAAACAUUAGGAUGAUGUCAAA